GGAACACUUACACUCCAUCGGAAUGCCUUCAAAGCUCUAGGCAAAUAUGCAAUCACCGUUCUCAUUUUCCGACGAAUAAGCCUCCGCUUUCUCUGCAACAAUCUACAGUUCAGAGCUUUCAGGGAAGAGCUGGAUAUGGGGUCCAAGAGUCGAGCAAGAGUUGAGGACAGGAUCAGCCAACUACCGGAUGGUGUUCUUCGUCACAUAGUUACCUUUGUUCCAACAAAGUGUUCUGUGAGAACCAGCGUAUUGUCUACAAGGUGGAAGGACAUGUGGACUCGUGUUCCUACUCUCUACUUGAAUGAUAUGGAGUUCUCUUCCUCUGCUGAUUUUGUGGAGUUUGUUGAUCGAGCACUUCUCGUUCGCGAUUCAGCGACUAUUCAAAAAUUUCAUCUACACUUCGAGGAAUGUCCUGCUGAGUAUUUCUCUCGUGUUGAUGGUUGGCUACAAGUUGUCGUUAGGUGUAAUGUUGUGGAACUUGAUCUUUCUGUUGUUUCAGAUGGAGAAGAGAUGCUUGAGUUGCCAAACAGUCUUUUGACUUGCAAAACACUAGAGGCUUUGAAGCUGGAGUUGAAUUAUAAUAUCAAACUUCCUACAUCAUGGCGUUGCCCAAAGCUCAAAUUCUUUGAUGUCCAGUUUACUUGUCCUGAUGGUGACUCGAUGGAUUUUUCUCAGUUUCCUGCACUUGAACAUUUGGGAAUAGGUGGAUCACUUGGAUACAUUGGUUUUAGUUUCAACAUUUCUGUGCCAGAACUGAAGACUUUAAGGAUAUGUUUAGGAUCUGAAACUAUUACUCGACCAUGCAAUUUUCUCAUAAAUGCCCCAAAGCUUCAAAAGCUUGAUGUCAGUGAGGGAUUUUUGUCAAAUUAUACCUUCAAGAAUACAAAAUCUAUAAUUGAAGCCAGUAUUGAAAUCACUACCUUGAAGGAUGAUAAAAGUGAGGCCUCUGCUGACCGUGCAACUAAGUUUCUGGCUGGAAUUUCUGGUGUUAAAUGUCUGACUCUUUCUCCUUUCUCUAUGGCUUGCUCUAUACCCGUCUUUGAUAAUUUGAGCGAAUUGAUGCUGCUGCGUGAUGGUCAAUGGUGGAAAAUUCUGAUGAAGUUUCUCGAGAGAUCACUUAAUCUAGAAUCUUUUGUCAUAAAGCAUGAGUCUUGUCAACCCGGCCACUAUUUUCCUGGGCAGAAAGAGGUGUUUAUUGAGCUUCCGGAUUGCAGGAACCCAGACCACCCAGACCACGUAGAAGAAGUGUUGGACUGGACUCCACCAGAGUCUGUUCCCAAGUGUCUGUUGUCAUCCCUCAAGACUAUCUCCAUAAAGGGUUUCAAAGGAAAGGAAUUCUUUGGAUUUCCAGAAGAGAUGGAAUUGAUCAAGUAUCUGUUGAAGAAUUGUCUGCUUGGAGAAUAUGACUGUUUACACUCCUGGUCUUCAUUAUGGUACACGAGAAGAAUUUUACAAUGAAAUUUCAGAGUCUGAAUGGGGUUCAAAGACUGUUCAAGUUUAAAUGAUCAAGAAGGCAUUCUAUGCUGAUGGAUUCCAUAUGCUUUAAGAGCUGAAAUUGUCUAGUAAUGUUUAGUAGCUGUAAGCUACCUUUUUUACCCCCUUUCUUCUGUUUUAGUCUGUUCAUUACUUCAUUAUGUCUGUUAUCGGAGGUAGUUAUCUUAUGUCAUCUACUUUUGUAAUGUUUGUGUUAGCAAAUGACUGUGUUUUAUGUCUUAGUGAUAAGAGUACUUGUUAAAUUGAUUUUCGUCCCCUCAGGCCUCAGCCAUAUAUUGUUUCUUUAACAGUCUUUGUAUGAUCUUUCGGACACUUAAUGAUAGAUUGAUAGUCAAGAUGGUAGUGAUGAGUUCAAGACCUUGUCA